AUGUCUCCUGAGCUGCCCUCAAACUCGCAUAACGAGGCGCCGAGAGAGUCAGCGCCGGGCAAAAACAUGGCGAGUAUUGUCCGGCCACUGGUCGAAAAGAACCCGGAGGGAAUCUCUGAGCAUAGAAGAUGGGACGAUGACCUAGCACGUACAGCAGAAAGUUUCGCUGCCGCCGAAGCUGCCACUAGGAUUCUACAGCUUGGAACGCCUGCAUGCACCGGUACGACACAGUCCCCAGUAUCGAAAGGUCCGGCCAAUGGCACUGCUGGUGCGCAACACUCUACAAAGCAACUAGGUUGUGCAAAGCAACCCAGUCAUUGGAUUCAAGAAUCACCUGAGCUAUUCCAAACAAAGAGAAUCAAGCGCGUUCACCCCAGAUCAGAAGAUCACGAUGACAGCUCUGGCGGAAGAACAAGCCCGAUGAUUCCCAGUGGCCCCCGCCCGAGAUCCGAUGUGGUGAAUACUGUUCAAAGCAUGGACAACCUGACUCACGGCGGCACAACUCGACCUCUCACACAACACGCUGCUAUCGAUCUAGACUCGACUACUCAGAUAUCAGGGUCUCCUCAUCACAUUACUCUUUGUCGAGUAAUUUGUGCCAAGAAUCACGAAUCCUGUCAUAACCAAAUUUAUACGGACGAACCAAGUGCCGCCGCCUCGAAUGGAGGCCGCCACAUCGCAGGAAAGUGCCCAGUCGCAAACGUUGACAAGCUUUUGAAGGGUCGGCCGAAUACCCUCUUCGUGGUGUAUCGUGAUUACUACUGCGAAGGGGACUCUUCGGUCGGGGUUGAUCAUAAACAGCGAAGAAAUUAUAUGCGUGAAAUCAUCAGUAUCGCGUCAGAGGGCCUCCAUGCAGCGAUGGAGAGCAUUUCCAAAUUCGCUCCGGAUCGCGGCAGCUAUACAGGACGUGCCCAAUGCGACUACCACAUAACGACUUCGGCCUUGACAGACGCACCGUGGGAAUACUCUCGCCGUUUCUUGUAUCACCAUCACGACGAGAUUUUGAAAGUAGCCGCAGGCCCCGCAGGUUCUUCAAUGAUGGUACUCUCGCAAUGGCUGGCUGCCAACCCCGACCCCAUGCAAGAGGAGUGCAAUAGACUUUUUUCUCAAGGAAUGGUGUCGAAAGCGACUUUGCCAUGGCUCUUCAGCCCAAACAGCGUCGUCGUUUCAUCAGAGGGUUCUUUGAGUCUGGCGCACGUACUGCUGAAUUUCCCAAGCUCUGAUGCGCAGUUGCAGCUGAAUUGUUGGGGCUGGGCCUAUCAUCAGAAAUGGUUGGCCCGAAGCCAUAGAACCCACACCAUAAGUGUGCCUACAGGCUACCCUACGAGUAUCACGAGCUUGUGCAUAUAUCCUCUUGAGUACGUCACUGAGGCCACAAAGUAUGGCCUCCUCAGCAAGUUCUGGGGCUUCCGGCCCUGGAGCUAUGUCGCCUAUGCAGGACCAGACUACAAUGGUCACUGCAUGUAUCCAGUGAAUUCUCGUUUUAUAAUAGAUCACAACACAUUCGGCGCCUACCAUCCUGACCAUAUUACAUGCGAUUCCCUUCAAGACAGGCUAGGACGCUUCGAUCGAUGGCCUGAGCGAGUUCCAUAUACUGCCAAUUUGUCAAAGGAGCAACUAAUACUACUUCCGCCGGGAAUCCAUGCUUUUUAUAUGCAGAACAAAACGUGGGUUCAUCUCAUCCCAAGCCAGAUUCGGCCCGUAUGCUGGAAUAAAGUUGGCUUCGAGCAAGUCAUGCUUCCUUCUCGCACCAAGAAUAUGGUCAAAGGAUUGGUUAUGAUGCGUAAUUCGCGAUCAAAGUCCGGAAGCUCAGUUGGGGAAGUCGGCUUGGCACCUCAGUCGACCAGCAUCGGCGGCAAGGGCAAUGGCUUGGCAAUGCUGUUCCAUGGCGGCGCUGGCACAGGCAAGACCUUUACAGCUGAGAGUGUGGCAGAGGUGGCGGAAAUGCCCCUUCUCAGGUUCAACUACGAGACUAUAAGUGCCAGCCUAGAAAGUACGAUGAAAAUACUCCAGUGGGCUUUUAAACUUGGGGAAAGAUGGAAUUGUAUUCUGGUGCUUGACGAUGUCGAGGCAUAUCAAGAGCAUCUGUCUGCUGAAAUUGAAUGUCUCUCUGCCAAUAACAGGCUUCGUAAAGCAGUGGAAUCUCACAGAGGAAUCGUCAUUCUUACGUCCAAAAACACUCGCCCGUUCGACCAGUCAUUCAGGUCCCGAUUUCAGCUUGCGGUGCACUUUCCUUCGCUAGAACCUCUCAGUCGUCAGAGUAUCUGGCACAAUUCUCUCGACAACAUCCGCACAAGCACCCAACAAGUCGAUUACGACGGCAUCAGUGCAAAUAUGGAGGAGCUGUCGAUGCACGAAUUAAAUGGGUGGCAGAUUCACAACGCGCUGGCUAUGGCGCGAUCGCUAGCCCUGUAUGACGAAGAAGUCUUGACCUGGAAUCGGCUGAAAGAAGCUGUCGAAGUCACCAGCACUGAAUGGAUAGGCGAAUGA